ACGUUCAGCACGUCCGCACGUCGACGUGAGCAUCUAUGAAAAAAGCUACGGGUGAGGUGGUUGUAGUGGUCCCCGAAACAUGUCAUUUAUCCCCCGGGUUGACGCGCCGAGGACCAGCGGGGAUAUGAAUCCCGCCGCCGCUUGAACCAGCGACUUCCUUCACUGCCGCGGGUCAACCGGAGCGUUAGAGCACGCGGAAGACACCGGGGCUCUCAGUCUAGUCGAGAGAAGAUGGCGGAGUUUUCUCCCGUCCUGCCGAUGCGGGAUGGAGGAGGACGUUUUAGCCAACCCAUCUUCCCUCGGUCCAGGUCCGGUUCCGAGUCCGAGAGCGAGCUGUCCCAGAGCCUGGCCCGGACCAAGAUCCGCUCGUACGGGAGCACCGCGAGCGUCCCGGCCUCGCUGGGAGAGCGAUACGUCGAGCAUCGGGUGACGGACAGCGAUACCCUGCAAGGCAUCGCUCUCAAAUACGGCGUGACGAUGGAGCAAAUCAAGAGGGCCAACAAGCUGUUCAGCAACGACUGCAUCUUUCUGAAGAACAGUCUCAGCAUCCCUGUGGCGGCGGAGAAGCGCUCCAUAUUUAACGGACUGUCCCUGGAGUCUCCCGACGGGGACGGCGAGGCCUCGUGGCAGGAGACGGACAUCGAGGAGCCCUCGCCGCCUCCUUCCCCGCCCCCUGAGAUCUCAAAACGCCCCCAGCCAGAGGAGCUGUCCGCCAAAGACUUCUUACACAGACUGGACUUGCAAAUCAAACAAUCCAAGCAGGCAGCACGCAGGCUGAAGGAAGAGGAAGUAAGGAACGAUAUGGAAGACUACACGGCCCCCACAACGUCAUAUCAGGAGAUAUAAAGGACCCGUCCGCAUUCUGCAGGCACACGCUCAAACAUACAAACAGUACUACAAUGCUUUCUUUUACUUUACUCUUUACCGUUUUGCUUUUACCACACCACGUUAAACUAAAGUGUCAUGUUUGCCUUUUAUUUUUUGAUAUGCAACUAUUGGAUGUGCAUGAUGGUUUACAGCUCGGAGGAGCGUUUGCAAAAUCCCCUCCUAUAAUCGUAUCACUGGAGAGUAUAUACAGGCCUUCCUCAUCAAUGUUUACCCAGUACGAGCUCGCCCCAAACCGAAGCGGCGGGCGGACUCGCGCCUUUGAACACGAUGUUUUGCCUCAUUAAAGCUUUGGUCUUUGGGGUGGAAACAGAAUGGACCGCUCUAAUUAUUUAUUUUCUUUUUAAGCGUGAAUGCAUUAUUUAUGUGUGAAGAACUGUCUGUUACAGCUGUUUUAUUGUGCUUUUAAAAAUUCUAUUUGUUUUAUUUGGAGAGAAUAAACGUGUAAGCAAACCAAG